AUGGCUUUCAACAGCUCUUCGCCGUACCCAGAGGGGGUCAUUUCUUUCCUCGAUACAGACCUGUACAAGCUGACAAUGCAAUGCGCUGUUUUCAAAUACUACAAGAACGUGCCAGUCACCUAUGCUUUCACCAACCGGACACCGGAAAAGAAGCUAUCACGCACAGCCUUUCGAUGGCUAGAAGAUCAAGUUCAAAAGCUCGGCAACAUUUCUCUUUCUACCGAGGAGCUUCAUUUCCUAGAGCAACAUUGCCACUACUUGAAUCCUGCCUACCUGGACUUUCUCUCCGAAUUGCGCCUGCGUCCUAGGGACCAGGUCGUGCUUAAAUUUCAUCCGGUGGGGGAAGACACUGGGGCCGAGACCGAGCUUGGCGACCUUGACAUCCAAGUCAGCGGCACCUGGGCCGAGACUAUACUUUACGAGAUCCCCCUUCUCGCUCUGACCUCUGAGGCCUAUUUCAAGUUCAUGGAUCCCGACUGGACGUACGAGGGCCAGGAACAGCUGGCCUUCGACAAGGGCAUGCGUCUUCUUGAGGCCGGCUGUGUCUUUUCGGAGUUUGGGACCCGUCGGAGGCGCGAUUACCACACUCAGGCGUUGGUGUUUAGGGGGCUCACCAAGGCGAGCAAGGAAGCUGAGAAACGCGGCCUAUCUGGAAAGUUGUCGGGGACUAGCAACGUCCACUUAGCCAUGCGGUUCAACAUCCCCCCAGUUGGGACUGUCGCCCAUGAGUGGUUCAUGGGCACCGCCGCGAUCGUUGGCGACUAUCGCAAGGCAACCGAGGAAGCCUUGUGUCAUUGGGUUGGGUGUUUCGGAGAAGGCGUUCUCGGGAUCGCUCUCACCGACACCUUUGGUACCCCCGAGUUCUUGUCAGCCUUCAACCAACCGGUCAGAUACCUCGAGCCGCCCUCCCCGGUCACUGCGAGGAAGCCCAGCGUUGCCGACUCGUUCAUCUCAACGAAUUUAUUAGCGGCAUCGAAGGACAAGGCUAACAAGACGUAUGCCGAGGUUUUCACCGGCGUCAGGCAGGACUCGGGUGACCCAAAAAGUUUCGUCGGGCUCAUCCGCAAGUUCUACGACGAACAGGGUAUUCACGACAAAAAGGUCAUCGUUUUCUCCGAUUCCCUAAACAUUGACCGUUGCUUGGAGUACAAGCAGGUCUCCGAAGAGGCAGGCUUCCAGCCGACCUUUGGUGUCGGCACUUUCUUGACGAACGACUUUACCAACACCAAGACUGGCAAGAAGUCGACACCUUUGAACAUUGUCAUCAAGCUUAGCUCUGCUGCGGGGAACCCGGCUAUCAAGAUCAGUGACAACGCCGGCAAAAACACGGGCGACAAGGCUACCGUUGACAAGGUCAAACGCGAGCUGGGGUAUGUCGAAAAGGCAUGGGAAGGCGGUGAUGAGACGGCAAGAUGGGGACGUGAUGAAGAUUCUAAAAAGCUUUAA